AUGAUUGACGAAAAACCUAUUUAUGUUGGCCACCUACGUGCCGAAAUCUUACUUAUAGAUUAUUUAUUAAAAAAUAACAUCAAUCAGGCAGAUCAUUUGAAUCUAGUUGAAAUAAGUAUUUCGAAAAUACCUUGUUUACUAUGUUCAUCUUACAUUGAUGCAUUAAAUAAAAAAUAUCAUCGUUAUUUUUAUUCAUCUGAUGCAACCCAUGGCAAAGCUUAUACUAAGUGGAUAUACAGAGAUAAUGAAGAUCCAUCAAUCAUAAAUCUCAUUAAUGACAAAUUAAUUGAGCAAAUUCAACAUUUAAUUAAAAAAUGA